GUGUGAAAAGUUGAUUCAAGGAUUCGAUUCGUCUGUUGAGAGAACAAUAAUGAUAGUAACUCCCGGAAAAACAUAAUAAACUUCGGCUACAACAAAACAACGCAACCUAGUACACUGUUCCUCUUUAUAUUAAUUCAAUUUAACAUCACAAAAACAAACCCAGUUUUGUACUUUGUUCUCUCAAACACCCCAAAAGUAAAAAAACUGAUCUUUUUGAUGGAAGAGUCGCACCCAUCAAUAGCAGAACUCAUUAUGUCUCUGCAACAAGCAACUUACAUGGCAAAACAGCUCUCAUCAACAACAAACCCAACCCAUCUCCACCAAAUCCACUCUUCUCUCUACCAUGCUCACCGCCAUCUCUCCUCCUUCCUCUCCACCCUCCCCUCUCCCUCUCCGCCGCCACACGCCGCCGAAAACUCCCUCUCCUCCGCCAACGGCGCCGCCGAGCCCAUGCAGGUGGAGGAUGAUGCUGUUGGUGGUGGUGCUGAUGAAGAGACCACUUCGAAGUGCACCAUUGACAAGGUUGAGGAGAAAAUGAGGGACUGCUUCAUCAAGAACAAGCGCCCCAAACGGCCCUUGUCGCCGUCCGCGGCGGCGGUCGUGGAGGAGAAGCGGUUGUCUGAUGAUGGGUUUGUGGGGCGGGUCAAGGACUAUGAUCCACAUGCUAUGAGGUUGAGGGCAUUGGAUCUUGUGUACCAGUUUCAUGGCUAGUGUGACAUGGAUUACAUGCAAUGAAUGGUGUUGUUAGUUUUAUUAUUAUUAUUUUUUGUUCUGGCUAUAGAAUUUUUAAUUUUCAUUUAGGAGAAUUAAUUUUGUUGAUGUCCAUGGUUCUUGGGCAUAGAUGAUUUGGGGUGUAGAGUUGUUAGCUCAGGCUGCAUAAGUUAAUCAAGUGCUGUGAUGCAUAUAAAAGUAGCAUUGGCUUGUCUAAUUAUUUUUGUGCAAAUUGUCUUCUUGGUUUUGUGGAAAGGAGAAUUACAAAUACAAUUAACCAUGAUGCAUCAUUGUAAUGGUUAACUGUUAGUAGAUUAUUGGUUAUGAUGGUAGCUAGAUAUUUAGUUAUUUGAUAUUCGAACUCAAAUGAAACAUAUAAUAAUUUUCCCUUUAUGAUGAGGUAAGCAACUGUUU